UCCCAUUGCAUUUCCUCUCACACACACCGGAGUCGCGCCGUCCCCAUGGCGGAGCAACCCCACGACCAGCGCCCCACCGACGUCAUCAAGAGCUACCUCCCCGAAAAGGGUCCCUCCACCUCUCAAGUCCUCGCCGUCGUGACCCUCUUCCCCCUCGGCGCCGUCCUCCUCUGCCUAGCCGGUCUCAUUCUUACCGGGACCAUCAUCGGCCUCGCCGUCGCCACCCCGCUCUUCGUCAUCUUCAGCCCCAUCUUGGUCCCCGCCGCCCUAACCAUCGCCCUAGCCGUCACCGGUUUCUUGACCUCCGGAGCUUUCGGCAUCACCGCCCUGUCCUCGAUUUCGUGGUUGCUGAACUACGUUAGGCGAAUGCGGGGGAGCUUGCCAGAGCAGCUGGAUCAUGCACGGCGGCGCGUGCAGGAGACGGUGGGCCAGAAGACAAGGGAGGCGGGGCAGAGAAGCCAAGAUGUAAUAAGACCGUGAGGUUUUUGGAUAUUAGAUGUUGGUUAAUUUGUGUGUUUAAUGUAUAUAUGAGGGGUUGAAUAAGUUAAUAAAAUUGCGGAUUUGGUACAA